GCCGGAGGGCGGCACUUCCGGCCUGCCGGGGUGGUUUCGAUCCCGUAGAGGGGGGCGUUCCGGGGUCCGGUAUCCCGGCAGCCGAGGAGACAUGGAAUUGUGGAUAUGAAUGAAAUACCACAUACAAUGUUGGACUUGAUCGAUGUUUUUAACUGCUCCUCAAAUUCCUGCCUAUCUUUCUGAGGGGGUCCUAAGAAAUUAGAUGAUGGCGGCUGAACCCCUACCAGUUGGGCAACAGGCUUCCAUGAUGUUUGAAGACAUAGCUGUGUACCUCACUCAGGAGGAGUGGGGCCUUCUGGACCCAGUUCAGAGAGAUCUGUACAGGAAUGUGAUGAUGGAAAAUUAUGGAAACAUAGUCUCUGUAGGAUUUCUAGUGCCCAAACCUGACAUGAUCUCUCGACUAGAGCAAGGACAAGAGCCCUGGGUCCUGGACGAGCAGGAAGCUAAGGGGAGAGAGGCCUGGAGAGCUGACUGUUCAGGCUAUGAAACUGAGAUUAAAAACAAGAUAUUUACUCCAAAACAAGAAAUGUCUGAGGAAAUGGAAUCACAGGGGACUUUAUCAAGAAAAUUCAAAGUAAAUAGCCUCCGAAAACCUAAGUUUGAAAAAGGUGAACGUAAUGGCAGAUUGAAAUGUCAGAGAAAACCUUUGGGAGAGAGAUUAAGGAAAUUGUCUUCCCAGGAGAAAAAUUUUAGGUCAGGGACAGUGAUACACAAGAAAACACCCACAAAGGGAGGAGACCAGAAAUGUAAUGAAUUUGGGGAAAAUGUCAGUAUGAACUCAAGCUCUGUUAGACAUCCAAGGGUUAUAACAAGAGAAGGACUCCAUCAGUGUGAUACAUGUGGCCAAAACUUCAAAGCAAAUGCAGACCUAAUUAAUCAUCAGAAAGUUCAUGAUGGAAAGAAACCAUAUAAAGCUAAAUCAUGUGGGAAAGUGUUUAGGCAAAGUCCAAUUCUUAGUGAACCUCAGAGUAUUCACAUUGGCCAGAAAUCAUAUGAAAAUAAUGAAUCUGCAAAAACCUCCAGCCAGUGCUGUAAUGGUAAUGGCAUUAAACACCAGAGAAUUCAUAUUGGGCAGAAACCCUAUGAAUGUAAUGAAUGUGGAAAAAUAUUCAAUGUGCGAACAUCCUUUAUUCAACAUCAGAGAAUUCACACAGGAGAGAAGCCCUAUGAAUGUAAUGAAUGUGGAAAAGCCUUCAGUGCUCUCUCAUCUUAUAUUCAGCAUCAUAAAAUUCACACUGGAGAAAAAGCUUAUGAGUGUAAUGAGUGUGGUAAAGCCUUUAUUGCACUUUCAUCUUUUAUUCAACACCAUAAAAUUCACACUGGAGAAAAACCCUAUGAGUGUAACGAAUGUGGAAAAUCCUUUAGCCAGAGUUCUAACCUUGUUAAACACCGGAGAAUUCACACUGGAGAGAAACCAUAUAAAUGUGAUGAAUGUGGUAAAGCUUUCAGUGACCGCUCAUCUUUUGUUCAUCAUCAUAAAAUUCACAAUGGAGACAAACCUUAUGAAUGUAACAAAUGUGGGAAAGCUUUUAGCAAAAACAGAACCCUUAUUCAGCACCAGAGAAUUCACACUGGAGAGAAACCCUAUGAGUGCAAUGACUGUGGAAAAACUUUUAGCCGGAGCUCUAGCCUUAUUCGGCAUCAUAAAACACAUACUGGCGAGAAACCUUACAAAUGUAAUGAAUGUGGGAAGGCUUUCAGUGCCCAUUCUUACUUUAUUCAGCAUAUCAAAAUUCAUACUGGGGAGAAAAUAUAUGAAUGUAAUGAAUGUGGAAAAGCUUUCAGUAUGCGUGCAUCUUUUUUUCAGCAUUGUAAAAUUCAUAGUGGAGACAAACCCCAUCAGUGUAGUGAAUGUGGAAAAACCUUCAGCCAGAGCUGUAACCUUAUUGAUCAUCAGAGAAUUCACACUGGAGAGAAGCCCUUCGAAUGUCAUGAAUGUGGAAAAGCUUUCAGUCAGCGAUCUGGCCUUAUUCGACAUCAUAAGAUACACACUGGAGAAAAACAUUAUGACUGUAAUGAAUGUGGGAAAUCCUUCAGUCAAAGCUUUAAUCUUAUUAAACACCAGAGAAUUCACACUGGAGAGAAACCCUAUGAAUGUAAUGACUGUGGCAAAGCCUUCAGUGACCGCUCAUCAUUUAUCCAACAUCAUAAAAUUCACACUGGAGAGAAACCUUUUGAGUGUAAUGAAUGUGGUAAAGCCUUCCGUCAAAGCUCACAACUUAUUCAUCAUCAGAAAAUUCACACUGGAGAAAAACCCUAUGAAUGUAGUGAAUGUGGGAAAGCUUUUAUUUUAAGCUCUAAUCUUAUUCAACACCAGAGAGUUCAUACUGGAGAGAAGCCCUAUGAGUGCAGUGAAUGUGGGAAAGCCUUCAGUCAACACUCUAAUCUUAUUCAACAUCAGAAAAUUCACAAUGGAAACAAACCCUGUCAGUGUAGUGAAUGUGGAAAGGCCUUUAUUCUGAGUUCUAACCUUAUUCAGCACCAAAGAGUUCAUACUGGAGAGAAGCCUUAUGAGUGUAAUGACUGUGGGAGAGCCUUUAGUCAGCAAUCACAGCUUAUUCAGCAUCAGAGAAUGCACACUGGAGAGAAACCCUAUGAAUGUAAUGAGUGUGGGAAAUCUUUCACUGUACAAUUAUCCCUCAUUCAACAUAAGAGGAUUCACACUGGAGAAAAACCCUAUGAAUGCAAUGAAUGUGGUAAAGCCUUCCGUCAGAGCUCUCACCUUAUUAAUCAUCAAAGAAUUCACACUGGAGAGACUCUGUGAUAGCUAUGUCACUACAUGAUUUCUCCUAUGAAAUUCUACUCUAAGAGAUUUAUCUCUCAAAAAUUUAGAAAUGCUAGCAUUGUUUGGUAGAAGGGUGCCUCCAACAUAUGUCCUGAAUGUCCAGGCAUGUACCUUCUCUGAGAUUCAAAAGAUGUAAUUCUGCUAUAGUCCUCUUAUAUUUAACCAUGAAUUUCUACAUCUUUUAUGUAAAUGUAUGCAGAAUUCUAUAAAAUAAACAUUAAAACAGUUAAGUUUAAGUAAUCUCAAGCAAUCACGCUAAUUAAAGAAGGUAAUUUAGAGCAAAAUGUUAUUACAAAAAACUGAUACAUUUAUUUGAUUUUCACUCAGGAUUCAAUGAAUAUUUAUAUAUACUGAGUGCCUGAUAUAUACUUGGCACUGUGGAGGAUACAAAAUAUAAUUCGGAGUACUUCCUUUCACAAAGUUUACAAUCCAAUAGGGAAUCUAAGACAUACAUGUAAAAAUAACUAACACAAUACAAACAUGAAAGUGUAGUUAGAGAGAUACAAAUUCUAUAGGCCUUCAAAAGAAGGAAAGGUCACAUCUAGCUGGAAAGGUCAUGAAUGGUUUCAUGAAAGAGACUGAUCUAUUGGAUCCAUCCAUAAAGGGACUGAUGUGUAGCAUUUUAAUAGGCAGAACUGGAGGAGAAGGAGAUAGGAGUAACUGGAAAGUAGUUUUGGACAUAGAGAAUGGCAUAAAAGAAAUGAUUCUCUAAGCUGAAUAUCCGAGUCCUGACAGAAUAACAGAAAUUUUGAAGUCAAGUUGACCCAAAGUUCUAAAGCUGUUCAUAAGUUCCCUUACCUCACCCCAGGAAUAUUUUGGCACUUUGUAAAAUGAUUUAGGGUGAGUUAUGAGAGAAUAGUCUGUGCAUAAAAUUAGCAGUGGAUUCAACUGAGAAGAAAAUAUAUGGAUAAGAAAGCAAGCUAGAGCCCUGUAUCACAGGUUUUUACCCUCUUUUAAAAACUUACUCAAGAGGGCAGCUGGGUGGUGCAGUGCAUAGAGCUCCAGCCUUACAGUCAAGAGGACCCAAGUUCAAAUCUGGCCU